GAUCGGAUACUCGAUAUGGUUAAUCUUGAGUGUCAGAUCUCCCGGCAUUCGAUCGAUGGCACGGGGGAGUUCAUUACAGAGCCGCCGGCGUGGAUCGCGUUAAGAAACAGUUCAGAUUAGACCAAAGAUCACCUUCAGCAGCACCAAUCAGCCUUCAGAAGCUGUCACGAAGUCGAACCCUUGGCGGACUAACUUGGGGCCCUUUGAGUUUUCCUUUUUAGUCUGGUCGGAACUGCCCGCCAGACUGCGGCGCAGCAGGAUAUUUAUCCUUCAUCCACCCCCAGCUUUUUAUUUUGUUCUCGCCAGCGGGGUUUAUAUUCGCGGGCACAAUGUUGCUCAAUUUUGCCCUCCUUCCGGCACUCGCCUCGCUGGCUUGUGCAGAAUCGACGGUCACCUCGAUGUUGGCCGCAGGCAUCAGCGGUCGCCAGGUGGAUGCAUCCAUCAUAAACAACGACGCCACGGCGACAACCUAUUCUCUCAACUGCCACCGUCCAACAGACCACCAGCAUUGCGCUCUCGGUAUCACCAAUAAUGUUACGGCCGUCCUAGCUGGCGACAUCAUUACGUGGUGGAAUAACCCGAAGGAAGAACCGACUAUGACAAUGGAAUGCACCCCAGCCGGAACGACCAGGGCCACCUGCACCCGGACAAUGGGAGCCGGUGGAUAUGGGAAGCCCGGUACUGAAAGCUUCGUUAUCAGUACAAGUAUAUCGUACAUGCCGGUUACCAUAACUGCCGGGAGCGUUACUCCUGCGGAAACUUCUGCGUCUCAGACUGCAACGGGGAGUGAAGCGCAGCCCACAGGCACAGAUUCCGACGCCGACAGCUCAGACGCCACCCCGACCGGUGGUGUGCCCAGGGCUACCGGUGCUGCGGGCGCUGGGGUUGCUCUUGGUGCGGUCGCUGCAGUAAUUGGUGUUGUUCUAUAACCUGAGUGUUUUGGGACGGAGAGAAAAUGGCGUGGACAUUGCGAUGGCCGUAUGUUGAAUAGACGUUGACCAGAUAAUAGAAGACUUAUAUCGGAAAGAAUCGCCAACCUUGAAUAUUCCUUUGACAUGCCUGUUUGGGUGCUUGAGUCUUUGAAUUUUGGUGGUCUAGGUAUGACCUUGUGAAUGCUGACGCGAGGUAGAUUGAUAUCGACGACCAUGAAUAUUUUCCCAACUCCUUCUUAAGCU